AUGAACCGAUUCCCCAUAGAACGAUCAUUUCCCACUUUCAGGAAUGUGUUUGCAUCCAGGAGUUCUGGAUCUGGGGCAUGGGGAGAUUCCUUGGUUCCUGGGGAAGCAGGAGGAGUUUGCUGGGGGGAGCUGGGGGUCCUGUGCUGGUGGGCUGUGGUGCAGCUGGAGCAGAUCAACCCCCUGCCCAGGGGCCAGAGGGGCAGGGCUGUCCCUGUGCUGCCCCGUGCUCAGCUCCGGGCACUGCCCUGGGCUCCCAGGGCUCUGCUGUACCUGCAGGAGCUGGCGGAGGAGCUGAUGUCUGUGUGCCAGCCCCCUGCUCCCACCGAGGAGGCCCCGGAGCCAGAGCCCGAGUGUGUCCAGGGGAAGCACCGGAGCCGGAGGAGAAAGGAGGAGGACACGGACAGCGACGACCCCGCGCGAGACGCCGACUUCGUGCCCUCGCAGGAGGUGCUGCAGGCCGAGGAGGAGGAGGAGGAGGGCAGUGAUGUGAUGCUCAGCGAGGCCUCGGAGCCAGAGCUGGAGGCGCCCCGAGGGCACGGCGGGAGGACGGCGGCCACAGGGAGAUCCAAGCCCCCGUGCCGAGGCCUCGCUCCCAACGGCUUCCCCAACUCCAUCAUGGCCCCAGUGGAAAAGAGCUCCAGCCUCACCUGCAGCCUGCGGGAGCAGAAGCACUCGCAGUGGGAGUUCCCAGACUGGAUCCCAAUGGCACACAGGUGGACGUGUCUCUCUGACAGUGAGGCUGCCCCGUACCUGCCAGCAGAGGAGAAGUCUCCCCUCUUCUCCAUCCAACGUGAGGGCAUUGAGGACGACGGUGCCUUGUACAGGGUAAACAGAUUCAGCUCCCUGCAGCCCCACCCAGAGCGCCUGGACAUCUCCUUCUUUGUGGGUGGCCCGGUGUGGGCAAUGGAGUGGUGCCCGACUCCCGAGGGCUCGGCAGCCCCGCAGUAUGUGGCCGUGUCCUGCCACAGGAGCAUGGAGGAGACGCACAGCGUGGCCGGGCUGCACACGGGCCCCGCACUCCUGCAGCUCUGGGGCCUGGGUGCGCUGCAGUUGGAGCAGGGCUCUCCUGACAAAGCCAGGCUGGCCUAUGCCAUCGCUGCCGACCACGGCUGCGUCUGGGACAUGAAGUUCUGCCCCAGCGGGGCCUGGGAGCCGCCUGCCACGGCCCGGACGCACCCACAGAUGAGCCGGCUGGGCCUGCUGGCUGCCGCCUUCUCAGACGGCAGGGUGGUGGUGUACGCCCUGCCGCACCCCGGGGCCCUGCACUGCGCCAAGACAACACAGGUAAAAGAUGGGCCCCUCCACAAGCACCUUAUCUGCAAGGUGCAGUGCAUUGCCACGCUCCAGGUGGGCUCCAUCCAGGCAGGGAACGCAUCCGAGUGCGGGCAGUGCUUCAGCCUCUCCUGGAUGCCCUCCAAGCCCCACCAUCAUUUGGCAGCGGGGUUUUAUGACGGCACCGUGGCCAUCUGGAACCUGCUCACCAAGUCCCUGCUGCAAUGUGUGCACCAGCCCGAUGCCUCCCUCAAGCUCUACCCUUUCCAGUGCUUCCUGGCCCACGACCACGCGGUCCGGAGCAUCGAGUGGUGCAAGGCCGACAACAACUUCCUGGUCACGGCAGGCAGUGACCGCAAGAUCAAGUUCUGGGACCUGCGGCGACUCUACGAGCCCAUCAACAGCAUCAAGAGGUUCCUGAGCACUGAGGUGGCCUGGCUGCUGCCCUACAAUGGCAUCACUGUGGCCCAGGACAACUGCUAUGCCUCGUAUGGGCUCUGCGGGAUCCACUACAUCGACGCCGGGUACCUGGGUUUCAAGGCCUAUUUCGUGGCCCCUCGCAAGGGCACUGUGUGGAGCAUCUCUGGCUCAGACUGGCUGAACACGGUGGCUGCGGGUGACAUCACCGGCGAGCUGGUGGCUGCGGUGCUGCCUGACCUGGCCAUCAACCCCCUAAACGUCAAGCGCUCCUUGGACCGCAGAUUUCCAGUGUACAAAGCCGACCUGCUGCCCUGCAGCCCUGCCGGGCCCAAGAGCACUGAGCAGGCACUGCCCAGGACCCGGUGCUACAGUGAGAUGGUGGCCAGGAGCUACAUCCAAUUCCAGGACACGGACCUGCGCAGCUUCCAGAACUUUGCGAGCCGGGAGCCCAUGCGCAGGAUGCACACGCAGGAGGUGAAGGCAGAGCUGAGCCUCGACCGCCUGCAGCUGGAGGCCCUGCACAAGGUGCGCUUCAGCCCCAACCUGGACUCGCAGGGCUGGCUGGUGUCGGGUGGGCAGGCGGGCAUCGUGCGGGCGCACUGCCUGGCAGGACUGGCCUCCGGUGUGGGCCGCCGGCUGCUCCCGGAGUGCCAGGCCCGCUUCGCUUCCCUCUACAGGAAUGUGUCUGGGAGCCCUGGCCCCCCCGAGUGCUCCCCAGUGCCGGCAGAGUAGGGGGGUUGGUCCCUCGUGCUGCUCACCCCAGGCAGGGCCUGGGGCCGCCUGUGCUGGCCAGGGACUGUGGCCCCUCUCGGUGCUGCCUUCCCGCUGGG